CGGUACGUUCGAAAUUGGUGACAUUUUUGCACGUGUUUGCUCUGAAAUUUAUUUACUGCUUAUUGUCAUAUAAUUCUUGAAAUUAUGGUCCAAAUCUCUAAAAAACGUGUUCGUAGAAACACAAUUGUUUUAGAUAGUGGCUCAAAUUCGGUUAUAACUGCAUUACCGCCUGGUAAUACAGUAUCAACUACUAGCUCUCAAAAUGGUUUGAGUGCAGAUCUCACUCCUGUGAUACAGGUGAAAGAUGUUCUGUUAGAGAACUCUGAGUUCUGUAAACUAAACCUCCUUUUGAAAGAUAUGCAGAGGCAAGUAAGUGAAAUUCAGAAAAAAUUAGAUCAGUUUGAUAGUAUGUCACUGCCAAUCUCAAAUACCACGGAGAGCCGUUCUGAUAUUGGCCAGGUUAAGUGUUUACUGGAUGUAACUCAAAAUAAGCUUUUGAAUUUAGACCCAAUAGCCUGUCUUUUAGAAAGGCAUCCUAAAAUAUCUCCAGACAACCUAAAUAAAGCUGAAAAUCUGAUUGACUGCUUGGCUACGGAGGUGAUGAAGCGUAUAACCUCUUCUCACCAAGCUAUAGUUUACAACGUCCCAGAUUCUCUGCCCCUGAAAACUGUAAGACACAAAAUCCUGAUUUGUUGCGGCAUGGCUAGUGUUCCAUGUGAAUGCAAACGACUUCGUAAAAAGUCUAACCAGGCUAAUUGCCCAAUCAUUUUUAAAUUCAGUAAUUCCCUUGAUGCUAGUAAGUUUACUAAAUGUCAGGAUCACUUAAGACUGAAUAGCAGUUAUAAGUCUAUAACCGUAGCUCAGGAUAAAACACCGUGUCAGCGCAGAAUAAUGCGUAGUAAUAACCUGGUCACCUCCUCUAGCUCUAGCUUUGAUUUACCAAAUAAGGAUCGUGCACAGCAACAGACACCUAGUGCUGAAACUAGCAUUCAGCAAACUACACAACAACCACACCUGCCAAUGGAACUAGGAACUGAUUUAGAUACCAGUACCCCUGUAAAUAAAGCCUCAUCGAAAGAUGUUAAAAUGACUAGAACUUCUGCAAGUUGUUCUAAGAAAUUUCCCCCCAAACGUAGUAACCUCACCACGAUGAACAAAUUUCGCAGGGUUGAGACUAAUGAUGGGGAAGAAUACUUUGUAUUCAAUAAGCCUGCUGAGAGUAAGAAUGCCAACAAACCAUCACUUGUUACGAAAAACUCCUCUCGAAACAUAAGUAUAUCUGGAGGUGUUCCGCAUGCUCCACCUUAUAGAAAGUCAGGCUCCAAGACUCCUAAAGUCUUGCAGCCAAAGCACCUUCCUUCACAAUUCCCUUUAAGUUAUAAAAACAACCCGAAGGUGUAUACCGGUAUGACGAAUAGCAGUUGGAUGGGUAGACCUUCUGAUGCUAUGCCUUUUAACCGUCAACCUAGGCCCAACCUGUACUACCCUUAUAUCCAGGAACACAUGGUAAAUUUUCCAGGUGUCCCGAAUCACUGGUACGACCCAUGGCACCUAGGACCACCUCAUUGCACACCAACCCGAUGUACAGACACCCAGUCCGACCUCCUUUUCAUUCAUAAAUUCUUGCGGUGCUGACGCACAAAUAGAUUUAGGUUAUGGUGACAUUUUAAGCCAGUUUGUAGUAUCCCGUGACUUAUUCACGAUAUUGCUAAUUAAUGCACGUUCCUUAAUCAAUAAGAUAUCUGAACUAAGGACAUUAUUAUUAGUCGCCAAGCCUACUGUAGCUCUGAUUACUGAGUCAUGGUGCUCAUCCUCUGUACUUGAUGUGCAUAUAGGUAUCGAUGAUUACACUGUACACCGUGCAAACAGAGAUUGCAAGCGUGGUGGAGGAUGUCUCAUAUAUAUACAUAGCUCAUUUGUAGUCAGUAAGGUGGAAGAUGAAACAAUGAAUAAUGUACCUGACUCACUCUGGGUUGUCUUACAUGGAGAUAAGUACAAACUUCUCAUAGGCUGUGUUUAUCGAGCACCAAGCUCAACAAAAGAAACUGAUGCGUUAUUAGCUAAAUCGUUUGCACACGCAUCCUCGUUUAGUGCUAAUUACAAAAUAAUUGCAGGGGACUUCAAUCUUCCAGAAGUCAAUUGGCUAACUAGUUCCGGCCCCCAACGCUUCGACGAAUUACUUGCCACUAUAGACUGUUAUGGAUGGCAACAACACGUCCAGACACCUACUCGUGGUGACAACAUGUUGGACCUUGUUUUUUGUCAUGACACAAUCCCAGUAUCCACUAUGUUGGUAAUCGAUUUUCCAGUAGUGACCAUAGAAUGGUACUCUGCUCUCUGCCUUUCUCACCACUAAAUACAGGAAACAAACAAGACUCAGGAAGCACAAUAUGUCGUAGUUACAAAUAUACAGACUGGGGAUUAGUCCAAGAACUUAUUCGACUCUGUCAAUGGGAUGACUAUUUUACCACUGACUCCCUGGAGGCCUUAGUAACCCUGUUUUACAGGAAUGUUACCCUUUGUCUAGAUACAGUUGCUCCAAAGAAAAUAGUGAAAUUAAGUAGACACCGAACUGAAUAUAUUCCAAGGGCACACCGUAAUAAGUUAAGGAAACUGAAGAAACAGUACUAUUCCACUAAGGACAUAUCACUAUUGCUCUCAAUCCACGAGUCUCUUGAAUCUCUCAAGCGCCUACGCUCUCAAAAGGACCUCGACGAAGAGUUAACGGCACUUGAAAGUACCUCCAAAGUUUAUAACUUAACGGCACUUCUUAAAAAACGAAUGCAGUCGGCGAGGGAAAUCCCAUACUUACUUCACGACAAAGUAAUCUACAAUGAACCUGCCACUAUCUGUGAACUCUUC